UCACUUCCUCAUAAGCAUUGAUAAUAAUAACUCGUCUCUUUGUGUCUAUAUCCUUAGCAUCUUCAACCUUAGAAUCUUCAAUGGCUUCUCUGCUCAACAUGGUUUCGGUUCCUCCUAGAAUAUCACCACCCACGCACACCAGAACCCCUUCACUUCAAGCUCGACCCCUUUUGCCACCCUUUUCUCUCACACUCUCCAGGAGGAGAUUGUCCAUUAGAGCAACGGAGACUGAUGCUAAUGAAGUUAAAUCUCAGGCACCGGGUGCUGCACCAUCUAAAGAUGGUUCAAGCUUCAAUCAGCUUCUUGGUAUCAAAGGAGCUGCUCAAGAAACAAACAAAUGGAAGGUUCGUCUUCAGCUUACAAAGCCUGUCACUUGGCCUCCAUUAGUUUGGGGUGUAGUUUGUGGUGCUGCUGCCUCUGGAAACUUCCAUUGGAAUUUUGAGGAUGUUGCUAAAUCAAUUUUGUGCAUGCUUAUGUCUGGCCCAUUCCUGACAGGAUAUACACAAACUAUGAAUGAUUGGUAUGACCGAGAAAUUGAUGCAAUAAAUGAACCUUAUAGACCAAUUCCUUCUGGGGCAAUAUCGGAGAAUGAGGUAAUCACUCAAAUAUGGGUGUUGCUGCUUGGAGGUCUUUCAAUAGCUGGUAUAUUGGACAUAUGGGCAGGGCAUGAUUUGCCUAUAGUAUUUUACCUUGCGGUUGGCGGAGCCCUACUGUCUUAUAUAUAUUCCGCACCUCCUUUAAAGUUAAAACAAAAUGGAUGGAUUGGAAACUUUGCCCUUGGAGCAAGUUACAUUAGCUUACCAUGGUGGGCUGGUCAAGCUUUGUUUGGGACUCUUACACCAGACAUAAUUGUUCUCACACUUCUGUACAGCAUAGCUGGAUUGGGAAUUGCUAUUGUCAAUGACUUCAAAAGUAUUGAAGGGGAUAGAGCUCUAGGGCUUCAGUCUCUUCCAGUUGCUUUUGGUGCUGAAACUGCAAAAUGGAUAUGUGUUGGUGCUAUUGACAUUACUCAAUUAUCUGUAGCUGGAUAUCUACUUGGGGCUGAUAAACCGUUCUAUGCAUUGGCUUUACUUGCCUUAAUAAUUCCACAAGUCGUAUUUCAGUUCCAGUACUUCCUCAAGGACCCUGUGAAAUAUGAUGUUAAAUAUCAGGCUAGUGCACAGCCAUUUUUGGUGCUUGGUCUGUUGGUUACUGCUCUAGCAACUAGCCAUUGAUCUGUUACGUGCAAAAGUUACCAAAGGGACAUCGACUCAUAGAAUAAAGACGAAGAAGGGAAUCACCGAUUAGAAGGAUAAGAGUGGCUUCUGUUAUGUACCUGCAUUCAAGAUAUUAUGUGACAUAGCUUUUGUUUAUUGCCACCCUACAUGCAAAGAGUAUGACCAAGGCUUACCCAGUAUUGUGUAUUAUUUUUUUUUUCUUUAUUCCUAUGUUUCUGUUCUCUCCUCUUAUCCACUUAUUCAAGUUUUGAUUGUUUUAGGAUGAGAAGAGGUUUCUUUUUAGGAAGCUUUAAAGGACAAUGAAUUGUACAAAGUGUAGACACAUACAUUUCGUUAAAUGGGACCCUUGUUUUGAGAUGAAAACUUAAAAUUAUUGUCA